GAAUGCCGUGAAUGGCUAUUAUAAGUCAAAUGGAUACUAUUCACCUGCAUACAAUGGCUUAGUGGCUUAGUGCAGUUCUCUGCUUCCGACGUGUGGCCUUCUCGCGCGAAACGAUUACGAUAAAUACGAAUAAAAAAGCGAAAAUUGUGUUGUGGGAUGUGCAGUGAUUGUGUGUGUGCACGUGCAGUGUGUUUUGGAUUGGGUUUAAAUAGACUUUAAGGACUUUUCUUAACUAUUAGUAGUAAAAAAUGUGCAUAAUAGUUAGUGAAAAUACAAGGACUAAGCAGUUGUGUAUGUGAAAACUUUACAAAAGUUUUAAAUAUCCCGCAAGUGAACUCAGUGCAUGUACUUUCAUGGUGACAGUUUUUUCAUUGAGCGAUCAUGGCACCCUCAAGCGGCGGCCGAGAGUACUGUUGCAAUUCAUGGCGCGGUCGCCUGAGCGCAACGAAUCUACGUUCGGCAGGUUCAGCUACUCGUCCGAGCCGGGUGACACAAUAGCAACAACUAAAGAAGAAGAAUGGGUGACCCGUAAGAAGAGCGAGGUGACGACGACGCGGCAGAUCGCGACGAGAGUCAAGCGAGAACUGGUGCUUGAAGAUGGAAGGAUCCUGAAGGAUUCUGGACCUAAGAUAUCCACCUCUGUGAAUGAGGAUACGCACACCACUAACUACCAGCAGACUGAGCACCGAGUACCUGAAGAUCAAAAUGGCGAAGAACAGGCAGCUCUUGGUGACCACGUGGAUGGAGCAAUCGGAGCUGCGCCCGGUGAAGUGGCAGGCUUCUCCAACGAGCUCGCUCCGGCCGACGCCAAAGUCCUGGUAUCCUCCCGAGUGGUGGCCAAUCCUGACGGAAAAGUUCGAGAGAGUAAAGACCGCCGGGUCCUUACGAGGAAUGUCGUUGAACGAGUCAAGGAGACAGAAGAGAAGUUCCACAGGGGAGAUACUACGCAUGACGCUUUAAUAGCGGCAGUACAAGAGACGGAGGAAGAAGACAUCCGCGAUGCUCUGAAGGCGCAGACCGACCACCACCUGGCGCUGGUGCCACGAGGACCCAAAGUGCUGCGAGACACCACCACCUAUAACACCACCAUCAACACUGAUGACACGGAGGAGUUGCGGGCCCUGCGACCCGACGGUACGAUAGUCACAGAGACACGGCACACCAAGGAACAAGAGCGACUCUGCGACGAGGAGUUGUCUAAAAACGAGGCACGAUCGCUGGCAAGCGACGCUAGCCUGGUAGAUGAGAAAGGGGGCACGGAGCGAAGGAAACGGGUAGACCAGGAGCGGAGCACCGACUUCAUGGCGGGAGGCAGGAGGGUAGCUACACACGUGCACUCUAGAACUCGCACCGAAGAAGCGGAGCGAGAAGGACAACCAAACAUGGAUGACGAUUGGGACAGUUUAUCAGUGCGAAUGCGACGCCAGCGCCGUCUCCGACAAGCCGAUCACGACAAGGACUACAAACGCCCCCUGGACUUCGACGUUGAGGAAGAAACACGAAAAAAGGAAACCUCCAAGUGGCUCGAAAGUCACUUCGGAAGUGAAUCCAGAUCCUCACACGAUUCCAUCGCCGAAGAAAUAGGUCGGCGACCCGAUACUUACUACGCAAAGAAAGCCGAUGACGAGGAAUAUUACGGAAAGACAGCUGUACCCCCGCCGCCCGUGUACGGUGACCGAGUUUUGAGGAAAACUAAGUCCUCGACGCCUUCUGACGAACGACCAGCCCCCGUAGUGAACAGAACCGGCGGAUACUUCAAAGGUGUAGCAGACUGGUCACAGCGGCGGGCCAGUAAGCCUAUAAUGCCUGAGCCCCGCAGUUCGUCCCCGUCCCCACCAGCAGUGCGCUCUCCUUACACUAGUGACGAUCAGUUAAACGGAUCUUCGCCGAGACAUGUGUACGGGAAGCGAGACAUGCCGCAGGGAAGGACAUCGCCUAUCGGCCGCCGUCAUCCGCCCUCGCGCGACGACUCCGCCUACGUAUCGUCGUCGACCAUGCAUAGUCCGCCACGCGGCUCACCUUUCCGGCCUUUAGAUGUCGAUCGAGCAUACCGCGAACCAUCGGUCGAAGAUGAUUACAGGCCACCGGUCGCCCCUGAAAGAAAAAGGCACUUAAAACAGCAACAGCGACUUUCAGAGGAAAAUCGUUACGACAGUGGAUAUAGAAGUUCCUCCCGUAAUGAAAAUUCAGGUAGAUCUCGCGACAGCCGCGAGGAAGGAACCACGGAGCCGCCGCCGGAUUACUCCCCGCCGAGGGAGCGGCGCGGAAGUUCCGACAGGGAUCGCACGCCUCCCAGGCGGCGGGAACGCGACGAGCGCAAGCAGAAUCAAAAGACGCGUUUCGCGGAGAAUAGCCGCCGUCCCUCGCCGGCGCGGAAAUCAGUCGGGUCGGCGAUCGGCAACUCGAUCAGGAAGUUAGUCGGGAAGAUCCGAUCGGCGUCCGCGGAGCGUCGCGCGCGGUGGCGUAAUUCGCGCACACCGUCGCCGGAGCAUUCCUCGCGGACGUACCGGCAGUACGGCGGCGAGCUGGCGCCCCCCGCCGCGCCGCCGCACCGCUACUACCUCGGCGAGGACCCCUUCGCGCCCAGCAUCUACGGCCGCGAGCACAAGUACGAGGGCAGUCCGAGACGCGCCGCCAACAACGACACCCGUGACCACAGAGAUCGAGUCCAAUUCUCGAGCACAUUGGGUCGAUUCAGUCAUUCAACUAGUCGACUGAAUCCGAACAGCGAGCCCGAGGAGGAUUACUCGCGCAGCGCACAGACGCUGCCGCGCAAGCUACACGAGCGCAAGGAGAAAUCCGCCGAAAAGCCCAGUUCUAACAAGUACUGGCACCGAUUGACGCCGAGCAAGAGGUCCAGUAGCGCCGUCAACGUCUCCCACGUGACAACCUCGCCGGACGUCAAGGUCAACGGUUACCCGCCAGGUCCGGCUAAACCUGCUCGGACCUAUAAGGCGUUAAACAGGAGCAAGAGUUUUGCUAUGGGCGCUCCUGAACAGGAGACCCACCCCCGCUACGUAUCCGGAAUGAACCGAAACUACUCAACCAUGUAUAAAUCAAACCCCCAUCUCAGUCGGCUAGAUGAAACUCCUGAACAACUCAAGAGUCCUGGUAUUGUGUCAAUUAUCAACAGAAGUCAACGUGACCUUGCUGAUGCCGUAUCUCGUGAAACUGAACGCAGACGGGAUGGUUUAUUCGGUGCUCGCUAUGGCAAAACUACACCAAUUACUAAUGGACACAGCAACGGAUACUCUAAAUCGUAUGAUGAGACAGACAAAAAGAAAAUGUUCCUCAAAGGAUUACGGGAGCGAGCACCAGACCUAUACCAGACGUUGCACGCAGAAGAUGAGUCAGAUGGCAGCAGACUGUCUCGUUAUACUCCGUCCCCACAUUAUAAGGAAAGAAUAUCCGAAGAGCGUAAAAUACCUGUGUACAAAACAGAGUCAUUGAACAGAGAAACAAGCCCGUUCGUAUCGCGUAUGGAAACUCGCCUCAAGUCCCCAGCUAUCCGCCGGGGCAGCAACAGCAGUGACAACUAUUCGGAAACGUACAGGUACACGACACGUACAGGCGACCCCGAGCGACCUAGUAUCACAGACACAGUAGAAACAGUAAGCAAGAAAAUUGUACCUUCAAGAGACGGUCGGUCGAAAGAGAUUAUCGAAUCACGGGAAGUGAACUCGGUAACGAAGAGCCGCGGUUACAAAGGCGAGCCUUUGUCAAACGUAAAGUACAUCGAAAAUGGCAUACGAUCGUCUCCGGUGGGAUAUGAAUCUAAGAAUGGGUACACAGCCGAACGGAGGAGAAGUAACUACAGAGUGAUGGAGAAAAUUAGAGAUUAUUAGAUACAAUUAUGGAAAUUUCAUGCAUGCCAUUUUAUUUACGAAUUGAAAAGUCAAACGCAGACUGAGUCUAUAAACGCUUUCGUUAAGUUCUAAUCAGCGACGUUAACUAUAUUAUUAAAACUGUUAACUGUAUAUGUAAGCUGUGUCGUGUAAAAAGUCAUAUAUAGCUUUACUAAUGUUAUUACUUUAGAUCUUGUCUAAUUCCGUCCAUUGUAACGAAUUUUUAAAUAAAUAAAUAGUCGUAGUUUUCUAAUUUAAAACGCAAGCUAUUUUUUUAGUUGUGACCAUAAAAAUAUUUGUUUUUGUGUGGUGGUGUAAGUAAAAAAUAACGAUUUCAUUGUCAGUUAACAAACUGACUUUAAGUGAUCUUUUAACUUGUUACUCAAACCCACCUAGAAUCCCCAAUGUAUGAAUGGGAUUAAACUUUCGUUUUAUUAUCAAGUCAGAAACAAUGUUUUGAAGAUACCAUUAAAGGGACUUCUUGUAAUAAUGCAUACAAACAAGAAAACAUCACUCUCGAUAUCUGUAACUGUAACAGAUGUUAUUAAUUAUUAUAAAGUCGAUUAUGACGUAGUAUGACUGCAUUUUGCCAGUCCGUUCAUAAAAAGCAAUUUUGUAGACUUUUGUAUAUUUUUUCUUGUAACAAAUGACUUUUUAAUUGAGUCCAUAUUUUAGUAUUAAAUUAAGGAUUUUUAAUAAAAUGUAUCAAUAAAUGUAACGUGUUAAUACGCACUAAA